CUGCAAAUAAUCUCCUUUCUAGUUACUUAUUCACUUCAUAAACUUCAACAGAGUUCACACAUAGCAGGUAACUAAGCUGGUCACCUAGUAUCUUGGGAAAAAAUAUAUAUUCACAUAUAAUAUGGAUAAAGGACAUAAAAAAAUCUAUACCUCAUUUUUAGGUUCUUUAAUCACUUCUAAAUUAAAAAGAAAAAAGGUCCAAACUAAAAAUUUUAUAAAGUUCCACCUAAAAAAAAUCAGUAAUUCAUAAAUUCCAAGGGACUUUUGCCAGAUUCAAACUGCAGCAGGACACGAGUCAUUUCACUUCCCAUUUAAAAUUAUGCACAUGUGCACAUCAGGGCUACUAUAUUCAGUAACAGGAUGAUGAAAAAAAAAGGAACACCAUAAAAGGAUAUCAGUAGAUGCUCUUCCUUCAAAUAUGACAAGAGCAAUAAGCUUUAGUUUCCUGCAGUCACUCUGCCAAGUAUCACUGCUUCACAAAGGACCUAAAAAAUCACUAACAUAACCUAAAUUCCAGCAAAAAUGGAAACCAACUUCACAACACCUUUUACUACUUCUCCAACAAAUAUAUCGCACUGUGACCUUUAUGCACACCAAAAUAUAGCAAAGAUCUUAAUGCCUCUUCAUUAUAUCAUCAUCUUCAUCGUUGGACUCCUUGGCAACUUACUGGCCUUGUCUGUCAUUUUUCAGAACAGAAAAAAAAUCAAUUCCACCACUCUUUAUUCAACAAACCUUGUCAUAUCUGAUAUACUUUUUACUACUGCUCUGCCAACCCGGAUAGCGUACUAUGCUUUGGGAUUUGACUGGAGAAUUGGUGAAAGCUCCUGUAGGAUAACUGCCCUUAUAUUUUACAUUAAUGCUUAUGCAGGUGUGAACUUCAUGACUUGUUUGAGCAUCGACAGAUUCUUUGCUGUGGUCCACCCUCUUCGAUACAACAAGAUGAAAAGAACCAAACAUGCCAAAUGUGUGUGUAUUUUUGUCUGGAUUCUUGUAUUUGGUCAAACGCUGCCACUACUCAUACAUUCUAUGUCAAAGGAAGAAAAUGGAAGGAUAACAUGCAUGGAAUAUCCAAACUUUGAAGAAAUACAAAAUCUUCCCUGGAUUCUUCUUGGUGCCUGUUUAAUAGGUUAUGCUAUUCCACUUGUAAUCAUACUAAUUUGCUAUUCUCAAAUUUGUUGUAAACUUUUCCAAACUGCCAAACAAAAUCCACUAACUGAGAAAUCAGGGGUAAACAAAAAGGCUCUCAAUACAAUUGUUUUCAUAAUUAUUGUUUUUAUUGUCUGUUUCACACCUUAUCAUAUUGCAAUUAUCCAACAUAUGAUUAAGAAGCUGCAAAAAGAACCAGACUGUAAAGAACAACAUAUAUUCCAGAUUUCCCUCCAUAUUACUAUAUGCCUGAUGAACUUCAACUGCUGCAUGGACCCUUUUAUAUAUUUCUUUGCAUGUAAAGGUUACAAAAGAAGAGUAAUGAAAAUGCUGAAACGUCAAGUCAGUGUGUCAAUUUCAAGUGCUAUUAAGUCAGCUCCUGAUGAAAACUCACGUGAAAUGACAGAAAAUCAAGCAAUGAUCUACUCUAAGUCUUCAAACGGGAGGUAAUGAAGUAUAAAAUGUUGUGUUUUCAAGAAAAAUUUCUGUUCAAUUAAUUUUUAAGAACCUCUCUCCCAGGGUAAUGUGAAUUUUCCAAAAUUCAAAAUACCCAUACAAAGUAAUGGGUAUAGAAAAAAGAAAACCCCCAAAGGCAGAGUGUCAUAUAACAAAGGUUCUUCAACUAUUGCCAAUGACAAUGAUUCUAUGACAUGAUGAAUCUAAGAUACUAUCCUCUCCAACAUAUUUUGAGAACUGGACCAACUGAACUAAAGGGGGAAAAAAGUAAUUUAAUAAAUGUAGAAAGAUUUGAGUCCCAAUAGAAAAAGAUAAAAAAAAAAAAAGAAAUAUUAUAUAAAAGUAAAUGACAUAAAUAUCCUAAAAGAUCCAUAAUUUCCGUAUUGUGGGGAAUUCCAAUUGUAAGAAAUCCCUCCACCUAAAGUAUAUCUAUAACUCAGUAGAUAUAUUCUAGGGAAUUGCAUGAGGCACUGAAAGGUUAAGUGAUUUGUCCAGAAUAACAGAAGAGAAGUCUUUUCUGGCUCUAGGUUCAGAGUCUACUGACUACUAUAACUACUAUGCAAUUAAGGUUUACUUGCUAAUCAAAUAAGUAAAGUAUGUAUUAGUUGAUUUUUUAACCUUGUUAUAAAAUAAUAAAAUGGAAUUCAAUUUGCAUGGAAUUAAAUGGAAUUAUUUUAAUAAGAAAGUUUCUGUAUAACAAUUAACUGAUGAUAUUGUCAUUUAUAAAAUUUAAACUGAUACUAUAAAGACAUUUAUGUAAAUAUUAAAAGUUUCAUGAAGUUAUUAGAAGAAAUUAUGGUUUCUUUCUAGCAAUUUAUCUCACAUGUAUAGACCUUUAACUUUGAGAUAAUAAUAUAAAACUUUUAAACGAACUACUUUGUAAACAAAAAAAUUAUGUCUCUGGGAUAGAAUCUCUCUGUUACUGCCAACUGUGUUUUUGUAUUAAUGAGGCCUAGAAAUUAUCAAUAGCAUGCAAAAAGUUAAGAUAAUGAUUAAACUAGAUACAUGAGAUCACAGGAAGAAUUGCCCCGGAUUGACUAGUCCUUGAUUUUCUAUUAAGAAAUAUUUUAUUUUCUUUUUUAAAAUGAUAUAAGCAUAAUAACCAUCAACAAAAAUAUAUAACCAAGUUAACAUGUAAAAUAGCCAGAAAGUUUAGAAUCUAACAUUAGAGAUACAAGUCAGUUACAGACAAAAAAAAAAACAAAAAAAAAAAAACCCAAAAAUGGUUUGAUCUGUUUUCCCUUCCAAGUACUUCUUCCUUUCUUUCCUUUCU